GAAAGUCAACUUUUUGUGUGUUCCUAAUGAGAAACUCAAAACUCCAUACUCUUUAAGCAUGUAUCAAUAGCUCUGGAUUAGGAGAGAAGAGAUUCCCCCCAGCAGUCUGGCAAAGCAGAGAACAACCUUCCCCAGCUCACGCAAGGACAACCUACAUGCUGUGGGAGAAGCUGGCAGAAAGCUGACUGGAAAACAGCACCUGCAAAGACCAGAGCUGUGCAAACCUUUGUAGUUCAGUUUGCGAGAAGGACUAAAGCUUUUCACCUACCAAAGGAGGUAGCCUAUGAAAAGAAGAACCAAAGCAUUUUCAGGACAAAAUAAAAGCCAGAUACAAAACACAAGUCUAAUGCUUCUUGUUGUUGUUGUAAAUGGCAAAAUGAGUUGCAAAGGCCUAUCUCAUGCAAUCUGCUUAACUGUGUAAACCAGCAGUCUUGAGAUGAAGAGGAUGGAGCAGUUCUUGCUGAAGCCAUCGUGUAUCCUAAGUUUCCUCUCUUGACCUACUUGGUGAGUCUGGUGAGAGAAGACAGCAGACCUGAAAGUAAAUGGUGAAAAUGGACCAAAGGUGACAGAGAGCAAUGACUGAGCUUUAUUUCAAAUUCCGUGGAAACCUGACGGGCCGUGUCCACUUUCCAACUCUGGCUACAGAAGCAGACACAAGAGCAGAUAAAUAUUCCAGCCUCUACAUGUACAUGGGAUUGUUCCUAACACUUCUGGCUAUACUUCUCAUAUUGCUUUUCUCCAUGCUCUUGCGCCUGAAGCAUGUUAUUGCCCCAAUCACCACGUCUCCAGAGAGCACUGAGAAUACAGUCCAGCAGUUCACAGAUGUGGAAAUGCACAGCAGGAUUCCUACCACUUAGAGACCCCAAAGCAAAAAGGCCUGUGUGCUUGUGAAACAUGUUUUGUUCUGCAAAAUGGUUGUGGAAAGAAUCUCUGCCUGUCUGUUGAGCCCUAGAACUUACUGCACAACCAUCAACAGCAGCACAGAGCAUCUGGAGAGUGUCAGGCAGCACAGACUGACUGGCUGGUGCCCACUGGCUGUUGAUACUACAUACAAUGUGUGUGCAACAGCCUCAGUAAAACUGACAUUACAGAAACCUGCUGUUAGGAAAGCCUCCUAUCCCUCCAAAAGGCCUUGCAGAAAACAGUAAAAGCCACAACAACAGCCAAAAACCCAGAGAGACACGUACCAGAAUGUGUUCUGGAGCCUGGAUUUGCUGACUUAUCUCUCUGCCCUUGAAUUCCUUGUGAAGAGUUGAAUCAAGAAAGUGAAGUGGCGUAAGCAGGAAAAGCCCAUGGGACAUGUACAGAAAUUAUCAGUGGUUUGGAAAUUCUCAGGUAUUUAUCCCAUUCAAGAAGGAAAACCAUAAACUGCUUUUUUUCCCACUUGAUUGGCAGAUUUACACAGCAGAGUUUCAGAAGUAUACAAAUGUGUCAUCACCUGCUGGAAGUAUUGGUUCCUGACAUUAACAACCACACAGGGAAGAGUUGCAUUCCAGAUAUCAGAAAAAGACGGAACUUUUAAAAGAGGAAAGAAAAUAAAAAUAAAAUUGAACAAAUUUUGAAAAUAAA